UUGCACUCACUCGCAUUCACCAGGCUAGUCCCUCACUUGCCAGUUUCAGUGCAGGCUAGUCGAGUUCAGCAAAUGUGCACCAAACCGUGCUUUUCAAGUUAAAAAGUCAUGGCGUUAGUUUAUAUCGCAGUGAUCGGACACAUUUAAUUACUGUAAACACUAAACUCGAACAAUGCGGAGGGCUUCUGAUCUCAAGGACCCAUCGGAGUUUCGUAGUAGCCGGUUGUAGCAGUGUGUGGAAUGGAAUGCCUGAAUUGUAUCUUAACCAAGCAAGCCCUGAUCUACAGUGAGUCAGAACCCUGCGCCUUGGACCUGUAAUUCCUGCCGGUCUCUCAGUGCUUUGGGUGUGUCCACUCAUGACUGACGGAUCAUCUGGCACAGAUUCACUGUGAUAUGAAGGACGGUUGGAGGAGUCACAAACACGCUGGAAUUCUAAUUGUUGCCAUGGCCUCGGGGGAGCUGGACGCAGCAGCGGUCGGUGGCAAGAGUCAGGGGAAGCGGCCACCCGCCAUGGCCCCUGCGGACCGAAAUAGCCACAGGCGCACUCGCAGCUGGGUCCCUCCCGUGUAUGGAAGUCCCACAUCGCCGCCCUGCUGUUCACACCAGGGCACUGCAGCCACCAGACAGAGGAAGGGUUCACUGUCCCCAAUAAGUCCUCCUGCUGGACGGUGCCUUCUCUGUAGACCAGGGAAGUUGACUGCUAAUACACCAGGACACUCGUUUUGUAUUGGGCACACAGAACACCAAACGAGUGGUAGUGCCACCUCUGGGGAAAGGGUGGAAAGGCCUCAUGGUAAGGGGCAAAGGAGGGCAAGUAACUCGGAGCAGGCAGGAUGUCCAGCAGGCAGUCCUGCAGCCUACAGGGCGUCUUCAUCGCCAUCAUCAUCAUCAUCAUCAUCAUCAUCGCUGCCUGACAGACGGCAGCCAUCUGACGGUCUGCCGCUUGGGGAGUUUUCCUCUGACUGUGUCCACGUCAGUGGGGCGGCAUCUGGGUUGAGCGGCUCCACUGGCUCUCUGUGCCAGCUGGACGAUGGCCGGGCAGCCGGGCAGCUGGAUGAGGUCAUGCCAGCCGGCCGGCUGGGGGUGAGGAGGAGCAGUCUGCCCAUGGCCUCACCGCAGUGGGUCUCCCGCGGACCUCUCGCCUCUGUCUUCAACCGGACGACCGAAGGCGGGCUGGGUUCUAGGGCCAACAUCCGCUGCGGGCACUGCCUGAAGAACGGCUACUCCAGUUUGGAGCAUUUGGAGCGUCUGGACGGCCGGCCCCGACCCAAGUGCCUCCUGAAGGCCCAUAGCUCGUCUCCCCUGGUGACCUACGGGGGUGACCGUGACAGCGACGGAGGAGCCGUGUCGGACAGCGAGUUCGUGCGGCAGAAGAGGGAGCGUUCCACCUUCCUGGUGCGGAGGUACCAGAAGAACAACCAGAGAGUCCAGAGGACGGUCUGCCCGGGCGCCAGGACAGUCAUGAGGACUCUGCUAUCGGGUCACAUCUCUAAGGCAGUGUGCGACACUGUUUGUGAACAGACCCAGCGGACCACACUUCUGGAGACUUCUCCGGGACGCGAGGCGGCCCUUCUGCUGGUUCAUCUUCAGGUCUCGAAGGCCCUCCUCAGCUACCCUGGCCGCAGACUCUCACAGCUUGACCAUGCGCUGAUCCCGGACGAGCCCCAAGAUUUGGUUUUCUCAGCAAGACUGCUGAACCUGCCCAGGGCAGAUGUGUGGGGUCGUUGCCCAGGAGACGUGGGACACACUGUUGAGUUCCGUGCCUGCCUGAGCCGCGCCCGCCUCUACACCAACGUCUGCAGAACACUGCUGGAGGCCGCUGCCGCCCUCGGAACUCGGAGUGCCAUGCCGGGUGGCACUGCAGGAAUACCUGGAACGCCUGCCAACUCUGUGGGGCGACCCAUGCCAAAGGAGCGCCAGCUGUGUGCGGGCGUGGCCCAGAGUGUGGGCUCGCUGUUGCCCGGCGGUGUGGGGGGUGUGGUCGGCGUGGCGGCGGGCAUCAGCAAGGAGCUGGCGGAGCUGCGCCACCUGGUGCCCUUCCCCGAGGAGGUGGCCAUUGCACUGACCGAGCAGGAGCGGCGCCUGUACCGCCGCGUCUUCCCGCUCGACUACCUGUGCCUGCUCACGCGCCAGCUGGGCAGUCCCGAGUGCCUGCCGCGGCAUCCGCAUCUCAGGGCCUCGCUCUCGGCACCCGCCAUGCCCGCCACGGAGAGCAGUGGAGAGGGGCAGCAGAGGAGCGCCCUGGAGGACCUGGUCACACGCUUCAAUGAGGUGAGCUCAUGGGUGACGUGGUUGAUUCUGACGGCCGGCUCUAUGGAGGAGAAGCGUGAAGUGUUCUCUUACAUGGUCCACGUGGCGGACUGCUGCUGGAACAUCGGCAACUACAACGCCGUCAUGGAGUUCUUAGCUGGACUCAGGUCGCGUAAAGUCCUGAAGAUGUGGCAGUUCAUGGACCAGGCGGACAUCGAGAGCAUGCGGCGCCUGAAGGACUCCAUGGCCCAGCACGAGUCGUCGUCCGAGUACCGCAAGGCGGUGCACCGCGCGCUCCACAUCCCCGGCUGCAAGGUGGUGCCCUUCUGUGGCGUCUUCCUCAAGGAGCUCAGCGACGCCCUGGACGGAGCCGCCAGCCUCAUCGGCCUCCGCCACACGCUGGACCCCAAGGAGGACACCGUGGAGUUUGUGUCCGACUACAGUGGUCAGCCCAGCUUCCUGCAGCGUGCCGGCCCCGACGGCCUCCACAGCGCUGAGAAGGAGGCCACGGUCAGCAACAUCCUGCAGACCAUCCGCAGCUGCCACCGCAGCCUGGAGAGCGAGGAGACGGCAAUGACCACUGACGGCGACCCGGCCAGCGGCGCAGACAGCCCGGCCUCACGCUGCAACUCUGUCAAGGACCGAUACAAAAACCCGAAGAACUCUCAUUCAAACCGUGUUGUUUUCUCCAUUGGUGACCUCUCGGAUGCCGAGGUCGAAGGUCAGGACCAGAUCGGAGGCUCGGAGCACUGCGGUGCUGAGAGCGACGGCGAGGAAGACAACAGCACUGACCCGCUGGUCAUCCCCGAGGACGCCCAUGGCCCGUUUGGCCACGGCACGGAGCUCAUCCCCUGGUACGUGCUGUCGCUCCGCGCUGAGGUCCAUCAGUUCCUGCUGCGCGGAGCCACCGUCAUCCACUACGAGCAGGAAAGCCGGCUGAGCGCCCGCUGCUCGCUGCGCCUGCUGCCCGACAACGGCAUCCUCGUCUGGGGCCGGCCCCGCAGCGGCGGCUCCCUCCCUGGAGCCAAGGCCUCCGACCCCCUCCAGGCCCCGGGAACCAGCGGCGGGAGCGGCAGCAGCAACAGCAGCGGAGGCGGCGGCAUAGCCGCGCUUGGCAUGGGUCUGACGGAGGGCGCGCUGGACCUGGCCUCGGUCAAGGCGGUGUUCCGCGGGCACCCUGGUGCCGACGUGGUGGCCGUGUGCACGCAGCACAAGCUGAGCAUGCUGAGCUGUGGCGAGCACGCCGUCUCGCUGCUCCACGGCCACGGCACCACCGACAACCGGCUGCUGCACCUGGUGGCGCCGGGCCACACGGCCCGCAUGCUGCACGAGGGCCUCCAGGCUCUUUGCGCCGCCGCCAGGAGGAUGAGGCGCUUCCCUGACCAGCGGCUGCAGUGGCUCCGCAGACAAUACAUCAGCCUCUAUCAGGAGGAUGGUCGGUGUGAGGGCCCAACACUGGCCCAGGCCAUCGAGCUGUUUGGGGGGCGGCGGUGGAAUGCGGGCAGUGGGAGUGGCACAUUAGGAAGGGGCGGGGACAAGGCCGGAUCUCAGAGGAGCAGCCCACUGGGUAUCAACACCGUCAGCAAGAAGAAGAAGAAGCCGCUAGUCAGGGAAAACAGUGGUGAGGGCACGGAUGACGAAAUGGUCAUAAGGAAGACGCGCAGCUGUAAGGAGUCGCUGGACAGGAGAGAGUCCGACACGCCGGACGGACAUGACCCAGAGGAAACAGAAGACAACAGUGUCUCUGGUCUUCCCGGACCCUUCUCCUUGUCCAAUAAAUGCCAGUCCCCUGGUCCUUCUCUUUCCUCUUCAUCUCCCUCCUCCUCCUCUCCAUCUCCCGGUGGCACGAGCACCUCCCACCCCAUUCGUCCACACUCCUCUCCCAUCAUGGCCUGCAACGCCAAGGGUCAGCUGAGUGCCUGGGGCAGCAGGUCGUGGCAUGGCCGGGGGAAGGACUGCUUCAAGGGCUUCCAGAACAUCAUGAGCUCCGACACCACCAUGAGCUUCGUAGAGUUUGUGGAGCUCUUCAAGUCCUUCAGCAUCCGCAGCCGUAAGGACCUGAAGGAGCUGUUUGACACGUACGCCGUCACCUGCACCCGCUCCGACCCCGACUCCCCCUCCCUCCACACAAACCUCAAGGUCGAGGACAAGGUCACAGGACAGCAACCAGACCUAGACCUGCUUACACGAAAUGGCUCCGACUUGGGCCUCUUCAUCCGCUCGCGGCAACCGUUGCCUGACCACCAGAAGCAGAUCUCAGACGCCAUCGCGGCGGCCAGCAUUAUGAGUAACGGCACGGGCGUGGAGAACGCCUCGCUCGGAGUGCUCGGCCUGUCCGUCACACAGCUCAGCGACUUCCUCGUCAACUGCCAGGGAGAACACCUCACCUACGAGCAGCUGCUAGGACUGAUUCAGAAAUUUGAACCUUCAGCAAGUAUGCGGCAGAUGGGUUGGAUGUCCUUUGAGGGCUUUGCCAGGUUCCUCAUGGACAAGGAUAACUUUGCCUCUAAGCUGGAGGAGUCGGAGGUGAACCCAGAGGAGCUGCAGUACCCGCUGUCCUUCUACUACAUCGAGUCCUCCCACAACACCUACCUCACCGGCCACCAGCUCAAGGGAGAGUCCUCCGUGGAGCUUUACUCUCAGGUGUUGCUGCAGGGCUGUCGCAGUGUGGAGUUGGACUGCUGGGAUGGAGACGAUGGACUGCCAGUCAUCUACCAUGGCCACACCCUCACCACCAAAAUCCCCUUCAAGGAUGUGGUGGAGGCGAUAAACCGGACAGCGUUUGUCAACUCCGAGAUGCCGGUGAUCCUGUCCAUCGAGAAUCACUGCUCCUUACCUCAGCAGCGCAAAAUGGCGGAGAUCUUCAAGACGGUGUUUGGGGAGAAGCUGGUGACGCGCUUCCUGUUUGAGAGCGAUUUCUCCGACGACCCUCUGCUGCCCUCUCCGCUGCAGCUCAAGGGCAAGAUCCUGCUGAAGAACAAGAAGCUCAAGGCCCACCAGGCGCCCGUCGACAUCCUCAAACAGAAGGCCCAUCAGCUGGCUCAGCUGGGCAUGCAGGCACAGGCCAGUAACGGCACGUCCAGCAGCAGCGGCCCCCUGGGCAACACCCCUGAGGAAGAGGAGGAGGAGGAAGACGAGUACGACUACGACUACGAGUCCCUGUCUGAUGCUGAUGUGCUCACAGCGCCUCCAGCUUCUUGUGGCCAGGAAGACAACAUCCUGGACGAUAAGCCUGAGGGCCGGCCUACGGGGGACAAGCCGCCGGGCGAGGCCGCUGAGGAGGUGCGGGAGAAGAGGGUCCGAAAGGCUGAGAGCAGCCACAGCAAAGGGAAGCAGGUGUUUGAUCUAGAGCUGGGGGAGGAGUUCUAUCUGCCACAGAAUAAGAAGGAGAGUCGGCAGAUCGCCCAGGAACUCUCCGAUCUCAUCAUCUACUGCCAGGCCGUCAAAUUCCCAGGCCUGUCGUCGCUGUCUCCCAUGGGCUCUAGCAGGGGGAAGGAGAGGAAGUGUAGGAAGUCCAUCUUUGGGAGUCAGCCCAUGGCUGCCCCGCGGCCUUCUGGGAAAGGCAUGUCCGAGGGCAGCUCUCGCUCCAGUGGUGGCGAGGACUCACCUCAGCUACCUCAUCAUCAUCAUCAGCAGCAGCAGGCACCGUCGUCGUCCUCCUCCUCUUCCUCCCCUGGUCAGUGCCCCUCGUUCCCUCCCCUCUCGGCGGCGCUCCCCACCCCCCCGCCGGCCGCCGUCUCGGCGCCGACGCCCCCCCCGGCCUCGCUGAGCUCCAUCAUCCGCACGCCGCGCUGCUACCACAUCUCGUCGGUGAACGAGAACGCGGCCAAGCGGCUGUGCCGCCGGCACUCGCGCGCGCUGCUCCAGCACACGUGCUGCCAGCUGCUGCGCACCUACCCGGCCGCCACGCGCAUCGACUCGGCCAACUUCAACCCCCUGCCCUUCUGGCUGCACGGCAUUCAGCUGGUGGCCCUCAACUACCAGACCGACGAUCUGCCCCUGCAGUUGAACACGGCCCUGUUCGAGGCCAACGGCCACUGUGGCUACGUGCUGAAGCCGCCCGUGCUGUGGGAGCGCAGCUGCCCCCUCUAUCAGAACUUCUACCCCAUGGAGAGGGACACCGAGGGCAUGGAGCCCACCACCUACACCAUCACGGUGGUGUCGGGUCAGAACGUGUGCCCGGGGAACGCGGCGGGCAGCCCGUGCGUGGAGCUGGAGGUGCUGGGCGCGCCGUGCGACUGCGUCCACUUCCGCACCAAGCCCAUCCACCGCAACCCGCUCAACCCCAUGUGGAGCGAGAGCUUCACGCUGGCCGUCCACUGCGAGGACCUGGCUUUCCUGCGACUGGCCGUGGUGGAGAACAACAGCUCGCAGGUCACCGCCCAGCGCAUCCUGCCGCUCCGCGCGCUCAAGACCGGCUACAGGCACCUGCCCCUGAGGAACCAGCACAACGAGUGUCUGGAGGUCAGCAGCCUUUUCAUCUUCAGCCGCAGAGUGGAGGAGAGUGCUGGAGCAGCCGCAGUUCCUGGUGUCACCACAGGGGGCGCUGUGUCCUCUGUCUCCAGCGGAGGCAUGGCUCCUGGGCUCCCUGCUACUAUGCUGUUCAGCACUGAGGAGCGGCGAGCUGCUGUCCAGUACAAGGUGACCGUUCACGGAGCUCCAGGUGAAGAGUCCUUUACUGUGGUGACCGUGAGGGAACACACCACAGCCAAACAGAUCAUACACAUGCUUCUGGCCAGUUCCCCCGCAGACCACAACACUGACUCGGAUUCGGACUCGGACUCCAGUGUGGGCUACUUCCUGUCUGAGGAGAGGGUUCCUCUGUCCAAGGAGAAGGGCGACGGCAGGAGGCUGUCUCGCUGGCGCCCCCUAGCGUCUGAAGAGGAGGUGGUGCGGGUGGUGAACAGCUGGCCCCCAGAGGAGGGAUGCAUAGGAAGACUCUGGCUCAGAACGCAAGAAGAGGAGCUGAAUGAGAAGAACGGGGAGAUGGAGGGAUCACAGGAGGUGAAGAGCGGAGAGGAGGAGAUGUUCUUCGUGCAGGUGCACGAUGUCUCGCCCGAGCAGCCACACACGGUCAUCAAAGCACCGCGGCACAGCACGGCUCAGGACAUCAUCCGCCAGGCUCUGAGCAAGGCCAAAUACUCGUACAGUAUCCUGAGCAACCCCAACCCUGGGGACUACGUACUCCUGGAGGAAGUGAGCAAGGAGACUGGGGGCAAGAAGGCAGCGGGGGGCAAAGCCAGCCAGCGCGUGCUGCCUGAGACCGAGUGUGUGUACCAGACCCAGAGCCACUGGAGAGGAGCGGGCAGGUUCAUCCUCAAGCUCAAAGAACAGGUGCGUGAGGACAAGCGUCGGGGUCUGUCGCUUGCGAGCGAGUUUUGGAAACUGACGGGCCGCAGCCGGAGCCUGGCUCAUGAGAGUAGCAGCAGCAGCGCCCCCUACAGUGUGCUCCCGGAGCAGCUGAGGGUGUGGAUCAACACAGGGGGCUGGUCAAAAGGGCCGGCCGCCACACUGUCCACCAAUCGCAGGCUCCCUGUUAGCGGCCCAGGCCCUUCCCCCUGGUCCCUCCCACUGCUGUGGAACUGGAAGCUGCACAAAUGAGCUCCGCCCUCGCCGGCCAAUCACAUUGCACAUUUGUUUCCUUGACGUCGCCGACGGCAACAACAGGCUGGGUGAUGCUGUCUCCAGCUGUGAGGGGAUGCUCCAGUUGUGGCUCGGAACUGGCUGUACCGCAGAGUCGAAGUGAGUUGUCGAACUCCGAAAAAUGAGCAUCAGGUGAUUCUCUUCGCCGCCAGCGGCAUCUGAAGAGCAGAGUCAAAGCUGAUGGCGACUCUUUCAGUGGGACAGUUCUCGCCCCCUCGUGGGGCUACCCACCAAUGAAAUAGCUGGGAUUUCUUGAUUUGCUUUUUAUUGUAGCUUCUGCUUCGUCACAUUGCUGUCAUUUCACAAGCCACCCACCCCAUGAAGUUUCUGGGUGGUCUGCUUGACAUGCGACCCAAAAACCAGCUGACCGGACUCUUGUCCAGUUUAGGCUCCCAUCGGAACCUCCCUUCUUCUUUGUCAGUAAUGCUCAGUGCUUUGCAGUGACAUUGCUCUAUGUUAAAGGUCUGUAUAUUAACUUUUAAAGUAAAAUAUUUAAAAAAUGUAAAUGUAUCUAGUCCCUUUUGAGGAUAAUAAGUAUUUAAGUGAAUCAAGUGGAAUAGAUUGUGUGGAUGAGAUGUCAGUGUUUAUUACUGUGAGUGCUUUUUGCACAAAAUUGAUGAGUGAUACUAAAAUCUUUUAGGUUACUCCAGUUUUGGUUAAAAUUAUAUUUGAUGAAUUUAAAAAUUACUUAUUUCAUUGUCAGUGAGGAUUGUGCUGGCAUCCAUGAGCAUUGUUGCACCUUUGAACAAUCAAUUUAUUUAGGAGAAAAUAUUCAGUAUAUUUCCUUUAUUGAAAUAUUCAAUUUAGUUUUAAAAAUGUCCUCAAAGUAAUUCAGAACUUUUCCUGCGAGGUGUUCUUUUAUCGUUAUAAUAUAGGCAUGUUUGAAGGAUAUAAUUUUAAUCAAUCAAUUUUAAUCAUCUAAGUUGGUUAGAUAACAUUCUUGAAUGUAGGAGAGCACAAGAAAAGAUAGCAGUGAAUGGAAAAAGGAUGAGUGAAUAUAUAAAUAUAUAUAUAUUUUUUAUAUAUAUAUAUGAAUGAUGUUUUAAGUGGGUCCAACAAAAGUUAAGACAGAAACAUGGUCAGUUGAUAUAUAAGAUUAUAGCCAUUAGGAUGGCCUCUCAUUUUCAUGGCCACUGUGUGUUCCUUCCUGUUUCUUAAGAGUUUUUUUUUUUUUGAGUUUUAUUCCAUUUUUAGUCCAUUUUAGGAUAAGCAAAGCACAGCUUAUUUCUGUUUAUGGUUUUAUCUGUCUCCUGUCUUUUAUUUAUGUUGUUUUUCUUAUGGACUUAAGUCCAGUGGUAUGGUCUCAGGAGCACCUGAGAUCGCUUAUAGAGGUCUAGAAGAAUCACAAGCACUUUGGUAACAUGAUCUUGCCUUUCUUUUUAGGCAUGUGACACAAACAUGCCAUAAUUCAUUGGAAAGCGGUCAGUGAUCAGACACUAUUGAAAGUGCUAAAAGAAGUGAUGGCAAAUGCCAGGGUCAGAAACCGCUGAUUAUACCACAGUGCUUGUAUUUCAGAUGUUAAUAGCAGAUUGGCUGCUUAAUUUAGCAACAUGUUGCUCUUGUAUGUUAUAUUUAGAAUUAUCCUUUUUUAUCAUGUAAAACCAACCAAUGACCAAGAGUUGCUUUGAGAAGUGCUCUCAUGGUGAAGGAGGUUCCUUUUUUUUCCUUUCCAACGUUCUUUAUUUCAAGUGUUCUACACUACUACAGCAAAACAAUUUUGCUAUUUUAAAUAUUUAUUUCCUGUUUUUGCCCAGGUUGGCUUGUCAUGUUUUAUAGCUGUUCAGUGUAAAACCGUUGGAAAGUAAUGUGCAACUUAUUUAUUUUUCUACUUUUUAGUGGGUCCCUGCAUUCACCUGUUCAGAGUGCGAUCGCUCCGCUCUUUAUCUUUUAUACUCGUUUUAAAGUAAUAAAUACUAUGGAACAAUCAGCGGAGAAAUACUCAACAUUUCAUGUAGACGCUCCGAGACACGGGGCCGAUGUAUGCUGAAGUGUUACGAGAUUUUUAUUUAAAGCUAAUUAGCCUCUGCUUUUAGAGUUCAUGUAUUUGAGAUAUUUAAUAUAAUUUCACUGUAUCGAGAGCUUAGUGGACCAGCUACAUACAGUAACUCUGUGUGUGUGUGUUGUAUUGUGCUGGCAUUGCUGAUGCGGUUGGAGCACUUGUACGUUCAUCCUGUGAAUGUUCUUUUUAUUUGUUGUUCUUGUGCUGUCAACUGUUUGACUACUUUCCCAUUUACUUGAAACAUUUAUUGAACAGCUCGAUUAAUUAAAAGCAGUUACGAACUAGAAAUGAAA